AUGUUCUCUACUAUCAUUUCUUUAGCGCUUGCCGCUUCAACCGUCUUCGCUGCUCCGGCCUUCCCUGCCGCUCCAGCAGGCUUGCCAUUCCCAACACCCGGCAAGCUCACUUGCUCCAUCUCCACCGCAAAGAUGACACUCCCCGCUGGACAAACCGCCCUUUCCGCACCGACAGACCCCAUCUCUUCCGUCAUCCUAGGCGUCGGCAUCCAAAAUUACACCUGCACAGACGCCGGUACCUACGCAUCGGCCGGUGCCGUCGCUGAUCUCUACGACCUGUCCUGCCUGACCAAGCUCGGCCCUAUAUUCAACGGUGUGCAGGACCUGGCAUUCGCCGCGUGGAAGAUUAUGCCCGCCAGCAUCAAGACGCCUGGACGAACGCCGUUGAUGGGAUAUGGGUUCUUGGGAUCGCAUUUCUUCGUCACGUCGCCGUCUGGGACGGGUAUUAGCCCUGUGUGGGACUACAGAGCUGGUAGCGCGAAAGGCAACUCGAAUGCGUUUGUGCUCGCUGCCAAGGUCGGCAACACCCCGGCGCCUACUGGGAAACAGGAUGUGGAUUGGCUGCAGCUCAAGUCUGUUCAGGGAUCGUUGGCUACUCAGAUCUACCGAACUGAUACCCGUGGAGGACAGCCCCCUGCAUCGUGCAAACCGGGCUCGGCGCCUAUCAGCGUCAAAUAUGUAUCCAAAUACUGGCUAUUCGGUGGAAGCGUAAAUGUAUGA